AAAAUGUUUGAAAAUGAUCCGAAAUACGGCUUUUCCUCCGUUUAUUCCGCAAGGUCCGGAAGUGUCAUUGUAAAUGUCAACAUGUCGUUCUACUCUGUUGGAACUGACAACGUCAUUAACCUUAUUGAAGCUUUAUCUCCAAACUCCUCAUUAUUUCAAGAAGAUUUCGAAGUGACUUCUGUUGAAUCGCUACACAUACCAACUAGGGCUCCCACAAACGUAACUGCUACUUCUUGCGAAUCGGAUUCUCUUUGUCUCCUGGUUUCGUGGACAAGUCUGCCAGAGUCUUACGUGGACAGUUUGAAUGGAGUUUUCCAGGGAUACGCGAUACUGUAUUGUGCAGAAGGCGAACCAUUUGCUGAACAGUACGUACCGCCUCAGAAUAAAGAAAGAUACGAAGCUGAGAUAAAGAACCUCAAGGGGGUCACUAAAUAUAUUAUUCGAGUAUCGGUGGUUACCUUGUCUUGUGCGGGCCUUCCAAGUUCCCCUGUCACUGCCUUUAGUGGGGAGAGCGCUCCCAGUGCUCCUCCAUCCAACCUCAGAGUGACAGACCUAAACUCCACGUACUGCGAAGUCACAUGGGACCCAAUCCCUUCGGAGCAUAUUAAUGCAGCCACGCUUCUUGGUUAUGAGGUAUUCUGGGAAAAGGGCACUAACUCUACGAUCAAUGUGACCAGGACAGCACAAACAACAGUUUGGUUGACAGAUUUGGAAGAAGACACCGAGUACAGUGUCACCAUCAGCGCUUUUAAUCGAAUUGGCAGUGGACCAAACAGCUCGUUGUUUACUUUCAGAACAGACAAAGGUCCCAGAGCUCCCAGUGCUCCUCCAACCAACCUCAGAGUCACCAACUUAAGUUCCACUUACUCCGAAAUAACAUGGGACCCAAUCCCUUCGCAGCAUAUAAACGCGGCCACAUUACUUGGUUAUGAGGUAUUCUGGUUAAAAGUCCUUAACUCUACAGUCAAUGUGACCAGGACAGCACAAACAGCAGUUUGGUUGACAGAUUUGGAAGAAGACACCGAGUACAAUGUCACCAUCAGUGCUUUUAAUCGAAUUGGCAGUGGACCAAACAGCUCGUUGUUUACUUUCAGGACAGAAAAAGGUCCCAGAGCUCCUAGUGCUCCUCCAACGAACCUCAGAGUCACCAACCUGGGUUCUACUUUCUCUGAAGUCACAUGGGACCCAAUCCCUUCGCAGCACAUUAACGCGGCCACACUACUUGGUUAUGAGGUAUUCUGGGUAAAAGUCCUUGACUCUACAGUCAAUGUGACCAGGACAGCACAAACAACAGUUUGGUUGACAGAUUUGGAGGAAGAUACCGACUACAAUGUCACCAUCAGUGCUUUUAAUCAAAUGGGCAGUGGACCAAACAGCUCGUUGUUUACUUUCAGGACGGGCAAAGGUCCCAGAGCUCCUAGUGCUCCUCCAACGAACCUCAGAGUCACCAACCUGGGUUCUACUUACUCUGAAGUCACAUGGGACCCAAUCCCUUCGCAGCAUAUCAACGCGGCCACACUUCUUGGUUAUGAGGUAUUCUGGGUAAAAGUCCUUGACUCUACAGUCAAUGUGACCAGGACAGCACAAACAACGGUUUGGUUGACAGAUUUGGAGGAAGAUACCGACUACAAUGUUAUCAUCAAUGCUUUUAAUCAAAUUGGCGGUGGACCAAACAGCUCAUUGUUUACCUUCAGGACAGAAAAAGCUGCAGUCAAUGGCACCACUUUACUUGUUGCAAACUCAACCGUCAAUGGAACUGCAGUCAACGGCACCACUUCACUUAUGGCAAACUCAACCGUCAAUGGAACUGCAGUCAACGGCACCUCUUCACUUGCUGCAAACUCAACUGUCAAUGGAACUGCAGUCAACGGCACCUCUUCACUUGCUGCAAACUCAACUGUCAAUGGAACUGCAGACAACAGCACGACCUCUCUUGCUGGAAACUCAACCAUCAAUGGUACUUUAGCUAACAGCAUCAGUAAAGAAAAGAGCCUCCCCCCGCCCCUUUUGCAAAAAGAUGCUAAACCUUAUGUAUGUAUUCCUUUAGCAUUAAUCAACAGCACCAAUCACAAUAGUCUCAAUAGCUCUCACGUACAAAACCAUAACACAACGAUAAACCAAGGUGUGAUAAAUAACGGUGUUGCAAACGCUACGUUGUCAAGUUCGACGACCAGCUCAUCAACAGUAAAACAAGAAGUUCCUAAGGAUUCACCUGAGAACGUAAACGCUAAAAAUUACACAAGUAUUAACUCACUUUUGGUCACGUGGGAUUCAAUACCCUCAGCUUCACGCAACGGAGUUAUCCUUGGUUAUAAAGUUUUCUACAGACCCGUGCUCGUGUCACGUGAGCAACCAACUGUUACCAGCUCAUUCAUGGUGAUAGUCGGUGCAUCAGACCAACAGGCUUUACUGACCAAAUUAGACAGCUUCACUGUAUACGAGAUUGAGGUGCUGGGGUUCAAUGUGGUUGGAGACGGGCUUAGAAGCACUCCCAUAUAUGCAGAAACAUGCAGAUGCCCCAGCUCGUUCAGCACAAACUGGUGGCACAAUCCUCCUUAUAUGAUUCGCGAUUCCCAAUCAGAAGCCAUAUUUCCAUUCAUAGUAAAAAACAUGGUGUCGACCUGCUGUCAGCCGUGUCAAACCCACGCUUCCACCAUUGUAUACUUCGUGGGAAACAACACGAAUCAUCGCAGCGAAAAAAGAGGGCAUGAUCAAGUCAGAGCAUCUGUAGAAGAAAGCGACUUGAGCUUUCCUUUGUAUGGAUACAAAGGACAGGAUCAUUUCAUGGGACAGUUUGGCUUUAUGGCGGUAGUGGAGUCUCCUUCAGUGGUUCUUAUUGUACCUAAGGAGGAUUCCAAUUCUUCGUCUAUGCGAUUAUUAUCGUCCUUGUUUCAAUGUUGGCCGGUCAUGCUCAUCAACCUGUGCAUUGUUUUUCUUAGCGGGAUCGUCAUAUGGUUUUUGGACUCUUCGAAAAAUCCCGAGGAAUUUCCAAAAUCCUUUUUACAAGGAACUCCUGAAGGAAUUUGGUGGACGUUUAUUACUAUGACAACCGUUGGUUACGGUGACAAGACUCCCAGGUCACCACUCGGUCGUAUCUUUGCUGUGGCUUCAACUCUGAUUGGCCUGGUUACUACUGCUGUGCUGAUAGGCUGUCUGACGUCUUCCCUGACAACAGACAUUGUUUUCACAGAUGUAAGACUGUUUGGGGCGAAGAUCGCAGCUGUACAUAACUCAUCUGAAUUCCGUCUUGGGUUAAAGAAAAAUGCAAAGAUGAACCCAGAUAGAGAAUACAAAAAUCUAGAUGAUCUGCACGAGGCUCUUCGAUCUCGUGAAGUCGAGGGGGCCUUGGUCGAUGCUUUAGUGGCUGGGAGCCGAGGCGAUUUGUUCAAUUCAAGUGAAUUACGUAUCUAUAAAACUCUGCAUCAUUCAUCAGUUUACGGAGUGGUUUUAGCUGGGCAUGCCAAAAAGCUUCAAAAAUGCUUCUCUAAUUUUUUGAAGGAGAACUCUGCAGAAGUUUCUGCACAUGUUGCCUCAAAGACAAAGGUCAUUAAGAUUUCAGCAGAAAGUGCGGCUGUGGAACAAGCAAUGAAUUUGUUUCAUCCUAAAAACGUUUUAUUCCAAGACUCUCUCUGGUGGAGUCUGAAAGUGUUAGCCUUCCUGACAGUAUGCGGUCUGACCUGGGAGAUAACAAGAGCUAUGCGCAUUUCACGACAACGUCGUGUCCAUCAUCAAAACGAUGAGAUGAUUGGCUCACGCAAGAAACAGCGAUUAGAAUUAGAAACUACAGUAACUGAAUUCUACAACAAUGCAAGGGAAAUUUUCAGACGAUUAUCGAUCAAACACAGAGAGGAAAGAAAGCAGUUAGUGAACCAAACCAAGCAAACGGCGAGGAGGUACGAUGGAAAGUACGCUUGGAUUAAACCAUGACUGGUGCAUCGGAAGUGACGCAGGAGUCCAACGGGUGCGAUACCAUUGUGGGCUACGUAUGCGCGUUGCCUGAUGACAAUCUCCGCAGGUCAUAUUUAUGAUUGCUCCCGUUUGAAAAUACUUCGAUGAAGAGGCUAACAAAUGUAAUCAAACGCAGGAGGGAGAGUAUCGCAACUCGAAUACAACACAUUUUCUGUAUUUCUUUGUAAUCAAUAAAAAUAUAGAUUUGUGUGGCUCAA